AUGAAAACAAAUAGUCUUCAGGUCUCUGGGUAUGGACUCAAAACAGAUUUUUCUGAUAAAAUCUCAAUUGAUCCAAACUUACUUCCCUUUCGGUUCGCGAGGAAGUUUUUUUUACUUUCUAAGGAGGGUUUUUCAAAGUUUUUUUGGAUUAAAGAUCAAAACUGGCAAAAAAUUGAAUGGGAUAGCAUGUCUGAUUUAUAAAAUUAUCUUUUAGAACUCAUAGUCUCUAAAUUUAUUAUAAUUAACUGAAAAAGUAAUUAUUGUAAUUAUGAAUCUAACCCAAAUGUUUAUAGAAAAUUUAUAUCAAAAAUUUUUUGCUAGUUGGCGGUGGAUUAAUUUCAAAAAGCAGGAUUUUUCUAAUGGCUUUGCUUGUUAACAAAGGGGCAUUAGCAAUACUCAGACAUCCAAAUUUGGAUUUCAACCCGACAUUCAUUUUUCUAAAAGAAGAACUUCAAAAGUUUUAUAGAGACAGAAGAAGGCCGUUUGAUAGACAAAUAAUGCAUCGGACGCAUUCAAGUAACUGGAAGGAAAGGUUUUUCACGUCUUUGCAAACGCUGCUAAGCGAGCUUACUUUUACAGAGGACUUAGAACUGCAAAGUAAGAUGCUAGAGAAAGUCGAAAAUUGAUACAACAAUAAAAUUGUGAGAGAAGAGUCAAUAGAAGAAGAAAUAAACCUUGAACCUAAAACACCAGUUUUAAGAGUCAAACCUAAAUUGGAGACAAGUCUGCUGGUACCUUUAAGAAGUGAGUCAAUGAGUCCACAAAGAAAGUCAACUGUGCCUUACAUCCCUAAAAAGCUGCCGAGUUUAAUAAAAUCGUAUGAGAAGCCUCUUGAAUUCAAAAAAAGGCUGCAAACUAGUUUCAAAAACACAAGAAAUGAGAAAAAAGAAGCACUUCUUCCUACUGAAAUCAAAGCUCUGAAUGGAGAUGAAACAUAUAUGCAUUAAUUUAAGUAUUUAAGGUGUCUAUCACCACACUCCCACUAAAGGGGCAGAGCCAAAAUGGUGACGUCACAAGCAUUUCUGACCAAAAAGUGCAGAUCAUCCCAAUAAACCAACAACCAUCUGAUCAACUUUUCUCACCCGCACAAUGUAGUUGCCGUUAUCUGACCCAGCUUCUGUGUGUGCUCUAUCUAAUGGCUAUCCUCCUCGGAUGUGUAGAGUGGUAAAACCCUGAGUCUUUUGAAUGCACUGAGGAGCAGUUCCUGUGUUUUGCCCAAAGUUAAAGCGCUGCUGCUGCUGUGAAGAAGUUCUCAAAAGAAAACCAAACCCUAUAAAUAAAAUUCCAUAAAACGGAGAAAAUUAGGAGAGUUUAUUUCUCUCUCAAGCCGAAUGCUAUUUUAUUUAUCGAAUGAAGAGGAAACAGUUUCAACAAAAAUAGAAAGGAUAGCAAGACUUCGGCCUGCUACACAACAAGAAAGGCCUUUUACUGAAACUUCACCUCUUGUCAUGACUUCUAGAGGGGAAUUUGUUAUGACUAAAUCAAAUAAAGCAAAUGUUUUUGACUUCAGGGCAACUGACAAAACGAGGUCAACGGUAGCUAGUCCUGAGCAAAGUCCUUUGGGCUCUUCAGUAAAUAAAGCUAGGGUUUCUGCAUUUUCCUUUACUCCACUAUCUAUAUGAUUGAGCAAAUCUAUUGAAAAUUUCCUCGACGAAUUCCUAUGAUUAAGAAUUAGCCUAUUCUGCUACUCAGCGUUAAUCCCACUACCUAUCUUCGAUAAAGAUAAGCUUUAGAGAUAUUACUGUAUAAUCAGUGCAUCAAUUCUAAUUCAAUUUUUAGCAUAUUGCUAAUAUAUUGCAUACCAUAAAUAGCGCCAUAAAUAUUUCAUUUGGAAAAAUUUCUUAAAAUUUCCCAGUUAAAAAUAAAAUUAAUCGAUGAUAUUUUGAUCUUUAUCAAUUCAGAUCUUUAAAUAAAGGAUGGAAAGUUAGAGAAAUGGACUCAGUCUUCAAAACUCAAAUUGUCAGUCCUUCUAUUAAUGAUGAAGAAAUUGCUAAUAGUUAUCAACCGAUCAGUCCUUUAAACAAGUCUGUAAUUGAGCAGCUUGGGGAAAUUCUACAUGUUAAAAAUCGACUGGCUGCAAGAAAAGUGUCAUGCCCUUAUCGGGUUCUUGAGCGUGCUCUUUAUGACAGAGAGUUAGACUUUAAUAAAUCUUUUGAUCCUUCACAAUUACCUAAAGGUAAUGAACGAUUGCUGAAAAAUCCAGCAUAUAAGGAAGAAAAGCCCAAGAAGAAAGGAAAGAAAAAAGGUAAAAAGAAGAAGUCUGGAAGCUAG